AUGUUGCGUUUCCUUGGUUUCUCUUCGGCGAGUAACGACUCUAAUCCUGAGCCAUCACGAAGCCUUCCAGCGUCGUGGUAUCGGUCUCCGGAACUACACCAACUUGAGCGACGAGCCAUCAUAUCCAGGAAAUGGAUACUGGUCACACAUUCAUUGAGGUUCAAGCAAGCUGGCGACUUCAUCUCCUUCGUUUACGCUGAUUUCCCUUUUUUUCUGGUCCAAGAUCGCGAUGGAAACGUUAACGGCUUUCACAACGUUUGCCGUCAUCGUGCAUACCCCGUGGUUGAGAAACGAUCGGGCAAAGCAAGCAUUCUCAGUUGCAAGUACCACGGCUGGUCAUACGGUUACAAGGGAAAUCUUGCAAAAGCACCGAGGUUUGACACGGUCAAGGGCUUCGAUAAAAACCAGAACGGACUAUUGCCAAUCCAUGUUCGUGUGGAUCAAGCUGGCUUCAUUUGGGUGAAUCUCCAAGCAGGUGAUCCAGAAGUCAAGUGGGAAGAUGAGUUUGGCGGCGUCUACCAGAAGCCGAGGAUGCAAAACUUUGAUUUUGCUGGAGGCUAUACAUACGAUCACGUUUGGGAGAUGGAGUUGGAAGCCAACUGGAAAGCGGUGAUUGAGAACUACAACGAGUGCUAUCAUUGUCCAACGUCCCAUCCUUUGAUUGCAGGGGUAUCAGACUUGACGAAAUAUCGAGUUCAGCCUAGUGGGGGGUGUCUCGAGCACGAGAUCGUCAACAAGAAGGCCCAAGAUGAGGAGGACGAGUUUCGACGAUCCAUCACUUUCUUCUAUCCUUCAACUUCGGUCACAAUCACGUAA